AUGAAAGCGGUGCGUACCUUAGUCAACUUGCAUACGAAGGCAGGUCGACUGCUGAAGUGGGAGAUUCUACUUGAGUCAGGUGUGGAGAAGCAAGAGACUCCACUUCAGUCAGGUGUGGAGAAGCAGGAGACUCCACUUCAGUCAGGUGUGGAGAAGCAGGAGACUCUACUUCAGUCAGGUGUGGAGAAGCAGGAGACUCCACUUCAGUCAGGUGUGGAGAAGCAGGAGACUCCACUUCAGUCAGGUGUGGAGAAGCAGGAGACUCUACUUCAGUCAGGUGUGGAGAAGCAGGAGACUCCACUUCAGUCAGGUGUGGAGAAGCAGGAGACUCUACUUCAGUCAGGUGUGGAGAAGCAGGAGACUCCACUUCAAUCACGAGGGGAGAAGCAGGAAACUCCACUUCAAUCACGAGGGGAGAAGCAGGAAACUCCACUUCAGUCAGGUGUGGAGAAGCAGGAGACUCCACUUCAGUCAGGUGUGGAGAAGCAGGAGACUCUUCUUCAGUCAGGUGUGGAGAAGCAGGAGACUCUACUUCAGUCAGGUGUGGAGAAGCAGGAGACUCCACUUCAAUCACGAGGGGAGAAGCAGGAAACUCCACUUCAGUCAGGUGUGGAGAAGCAAGAGACUCCACUUCAGUCAGGUGUGGAGAAGCAGGAGACUCCACUUCAGUCAGGUGAGGCGAAGCAGCAGACUCCAUUUCAGUCAGGUGUGGAGAAGCAGGAAACUCCACUUCAGUCAGGUGUGGAGAAGCAGGAAACUCCACUUCAGUCAGGUGUGGAGAAGCAGGAGACUCCACUUCAGUCAGGUGUGGGCAAGCAGGAAACUCCACUUCAGUCAGGUGGGCAAGAGCGGGAGUCCAAGUCGUCGCCAGAGUCGUCGCCAGAGUCGUCGCCAGAGUCGUCGUCAGAGUCGUCGCCAGUGUCGUCGUCAGAGUCGUCGCCAGUGUCGUCGUGCCUGACUGAACCUGGAGGCUUCCAGACGCCUGUUCAUCGUGUCGUCCGCCGUGAAGGACCGUCUAAACUGGAAGCUGCCACCCAUUGA